ACACUUUGCAGCCAUGUGCUAGUGAUUGGACAAAAGCAAAGUGCUUUGUGCAAACCGCAUUGUGUUUUUCACAGGUUGUGUAUCCAGUCCAAAGAUACUCUGUCAAACAGAAGAUACUCUCCAUCAUGAGAUCUGUACUUGUUUUAAUAGCCCUGGCCUUGACUGCUUGUGUGUAUGCAGAGGUGACAGAAGAAGAAAACGUUUUGGUCCUGACAACAGACAAUUUUGAAGAAGUGAUAGAGGCUACAGAUUAUGUCCUAGUGGAAUUCUAUGCCCCCUGGUGUGGACACUGCAAGUCUCUGGCUCCUGAAUAUGCCAAGGCUGCCACCACUCUAAAGGACGAAGGCUCUGAAAUCAAGCUAGGCAAGGUGGACGCCACUGAAGAGAGUGAUCUGGCACAGCAGUUCGGAGUGAAGGGCUACCCCACACUCAAGUUCUUUAAGAAUGGCAAAGAAUCAGAUUACUCAGGUGGUCGCACUGGUAUCGAGAUUGUCAACUGGCUCAAAAAACGCACCGGACCUCCAGCCGUCGUCCUUGAAUCCAUCGAAGCCGCUAACGAGUUUAAAGAUAAAGACGAUGUUGCUGUUAUUGGAUUUUUCGAGAGCCAGGAGUCCGACAACGCAAAGGCCUACCUCAAUGCAGCUGAUACCCAAGACAGCAUUAACUUUGGUAUUGUGACCAGCAAAGAUGUAGCCGAAGGCCUUGAGGCAGUACUUGACAGCAUUGUGUUGUUCAAGUCUUUUGACGAGGGACGCGUGACCUUCUCUGGAGAAUUCAACGCUGAGGAUAUUGUGACAUUCGUUCUCACCGAGCAGUUGCCCCUGGUUACCAAAUUCAGUGAUGAGACUGCUCCUAAAAUCUUUGGAGGAGCCCAACAGUCUCACCUGCUCAGCUUCAUCGAUGGUGAUAGUGAAGACUUCGACACUGUCAUGGCUGGACUCAGAGACGUAGCUAAAACAUUCAAGGGCCAGGUGCUCUUUGUUCACAUUGACAUGUCAGAAGACUCUGCUCUGAGAGUGGCUGAAUUCUUUAACAUUGAUGCGGACGAUGUUCCCACCUGUCGCCUUAUCAAUCUUGAGGCAGACAUGAAGAAGUUUGUGCCAGAAUUUGAGGGUAUCGAUAUGGAGAAGUUAGGACCAUGGAUUCAAACCUACCUGGAUGGAGAGCUCAAAGCACACUUAAACAGUGAGGACGUUCCUGAAGACUGGAAUGAAGACCCAGUUAAGGUGCUGGUCGGCAAAAACUUUCAUGAGGUGGUCUUCGAUGAAACCAAGGAUGUCUUUGUGGAAUUCUAUGCCCCAUGGUGUGGACACUGCAAGCAGCUGGCUCCAAUCUGGGAUGAUCUUGCUGAUCAUUUUAAGGAUGACGAGAAUAUCGUCAUUGCCAAGAUGGAUUCGACAAAGAACGAAGUUGAGGAUAUUCAAGUACAGGGAUUCCCUACCCUCAAGUUCAUCAGGAGUGGUACCAAUGAGGUCAUGGACUACAAUGGUGGACGAACUCUGGACGAUCUGAUUGAGUUUGUGGAGAAGACCGUCGCGGGAGAAGAGGUAGGAACUGGAGAAGAGGAAGAGGAGGAAGAUACUACCGAAGAGCCUGCAGAGGAAGUCAAGAAAGAUGAACUCUGAACAUGCUAGGAGUACAUUAUAGUUUAAUAGGUUGUAAUAAUCAUGAUCUAGUAUUUUGUAGAGGAAUAAGUAUUAUAUGUACACAGUUAUAAAAAUCUGUGCACUGUCCUA